UAUUAGUAAACAGAAGUAUACAAGUAUUAACAUGGAAAUAAUGUUGGCUCCUAUGUGAUUUUUUUUCUCUAAGAAAGAGGAGCCAGAGAAGCAGAUUUAUAAACUUCAGCAAGAAAAGGUCUUCACUUAGUUGCUGUACUGGCAGCAGGAGCCUUUCAAGUACAUUAAAUAUAAAAGUGAAUACCUUCCAUGAUACGUGCAAAUGGCCAGUUCUUUAAGAGGAGAAGUACUGAAUCUUUAUAAGAAUCUGCUGUAUCUUGGACGAGACUAUCCAAAAGGAGCAGACUAUUUUAAAAGGCGUCUGAAGAGUGUUUUCCUUAAAAACAAAGAUGUGAAGGACCCAGAGAAGAUCAAAGAACUUAUUGAACAGGGCAAAUUUGUAAUGAAAGAACUAGAAGCAUUAUACUUCCUUAGGAAAUAUAGAGCUAUGAAACAACGCUAUUACUCAGAUACCAACAAAACUAACUGAUCACUAUUACUAUAAUUUGAGAAUCAGUGCCAGCUGUUUAUGUAUACCAGCUACUACAAAAAUAAUUCUAAAAUGUCAAGAUAAUACAUUUUGUUAAAAAUACCUGAGCUGCCUUACUAAAAUAGGUUUCGACUUCUGUUCAAACUGAGAGCUUUAUCAGCAACCUUUAUGCUCAAUUUUUAUACUAAAAUAGCAAUUUAACUAUAUGAUGCUGCCAACUACCAAUUAAAAAUUGAUGAGCACCCAAUUUUGAAUGAAAAUAUAAUGUACUUAAUUUUUAAUGAAUUUUUGCCAAUUCUUAGCCCAUCUCUGCAUUUUACUGAAAAAAGAAUGCCGUUUAAUGCACAUUUAAGUAAGCAAAAUAAUUUCUUGCAAGUUUAUUCCCCUUAACUUUUGAAGGAGUUCCUUAUUUUUGACCCCAUUUGGUACAUUAACAGCACAGAGUCAAGGUUCACUGCAAAAGAAAGAAUGAUUUAAGUGCAGUUAGUAGAAAUAAUAAGUAUAGAGUAAGAUUACUUCUGAACUCGAAACAGCCUGCCAGCAACUGGCAUCACAUAUAUAUACCUAUCUAAUUAUUUCCAUUAUUAAUUUUUGCCACUGGCUGUCUUUGGGCCUUAAAACAAAUCACCCGUUGUGUAUCAAUUACCUUCUUCAAUAAAAAGUAAUAAAUAAUGUUAUUCUA